CAGGUGUUUAUUUUCGAGAUAUCGGUGGUUUGAUCUUUGUAAAAAAUCUUGCAAAGUCAAGUGAACAUAGCAUGGUAAAAGAAGCGGCUUUAUAUACGUUAGGAACUGUUGCAGAACAAAAUGGGGCUGGACAAACGCUUGUGAGAGAAACAGGUUGUAUUACAGUUUUGUCACAGUUGUUCAGGUCAGUUCUUUCAAAAUAUGAGUUGAAUUUGUCAGAUAAAAAUGUUUUCCAGAGUUAUCAGUUGUGGUCUUCAGUGUGUAGUACUCUGUGUGUCUGUGUCAACAAUCCUCAAAAUGAUGAGAAUCAAAUGCUUUGCUGUUCACUUUUUCCACAUGCUAAUGACUGGUUAAUAAAUUGCAUGAAACCUGAGAUAAUUCGCCCUAUUUGCUCAUUUAUUGGACUCACUCUUGCAAAUAACACAUAUGUUCAGAAAUACUUUAUAUCUGUGGGUGGACUGGAUGUAUUGUCUCAAGUUCUUGUGCAACUGGAAUUGGAUUCACACAAGACUGUUUCUAGUGCUAAGCUUGCAGUGGUGGUGACAAAAACAGUGGAUGCGUGUAUUGCUGAUAAUCCUACUUUUGGGGUAGUAUUAUCCAAAUACCACAUUGUUUCGAAACUUCUGGCAUUACUGCUUCAUGAAAGUCUGGAUUCAGGAGAAAAAUUUAGCAUCAUACUUACUCUUGGUCAUUGCACAGAGGAUUGUGAAGAAAAUCAGUAUGACCUUUUUAAAAACAAUGGGCUUCCACUCAUGAUACAAGCUUUAACUGAAUCUCAGAAUGAGGAAUUAAACAAAGCUGCAACUUUUGUGCUUCACAACUGCAAAAAAAUUACUGAGAAAUUAUCUCUAAGUCUAGGAGAAUAUUCUUUUGAUGAAAAUGAAACAGAACAAUUAAAGGACGUAAAUGUGAAAGAGAAGAAUCUUGAAGAGCACUGGAAGAAAGCAAAGGAAAUUCUACACAGAAUAGAACAGCUUGAAAGAGAAGGAAAUGAGGAAGAAAUACAAAGAGAAAAAUAUAAGGAUAAUAUUUCAUCUGUGAACAUAAAUAUUCAAAAUACAUUGAAACACCUCCAUGCCGAUAGUAUUGGUGGAGGUCCCAAAGCAGAAGAUAAGGAUAAAAGCCAGUCUAGAAGGCUUCAGAGUUAUAAGUCCCCUGGAGUCAUGUCUCAAACAUGUACAAAUGAUGACCAAAUGAAGACCCUGUUAAAGAAUGCAAAUCCAGUUAAUGCUUGUUAUAGGGAGAGUGGGCAAAAUAAGACUUUAUGUAAAGCCAAUUCAAGCUGCAGUCAAAACUUACAUGAAGAAAUAACUUUUGAAAAAAAGAAUUUUGUUUCUCAAUCAAGCGACCAUGUUUUUAAACAUCCAACUCCCAUUGUCGAAAAUAGAAAGCAGCAGUUACCAGUAACGGAUCCAUUUACAUUAUGCUCAGAUAUAAUAAAUAAAGAAGUCAUCAGUUUUCUAGCAACCAACAAUUGUUCCAAAAUGUUGAAGUAUAGAUGCCCAGGUUGCAUAGCAGUAGGAAAAUCUCUGAAUAGCCGAAAUUUUAGCAGGCUCUUGCAUUCUUGCCCAUACCAAUGUGAUCGUCACAAAGUCAUUGUGGAAGCUGAAGACAGAUAUAAAAGUGAACUAAGGAAAUCACUUAUCUCUAACAAAAAAAUUCUGCUGACCCCACGUAGAAAACGACAACUCAGUAAUGAAUCUACUACCCCUGGAGGAAUAAGUGAAUAUAUUUAAUUUUUAAAUAAACCUAAGUUUCAUAUAUUCCUGAGAAAGAAUAGCUGAAUGAUUGUUCUCAGUCUCAUCAUUAAUGGCUCUUAAAUGAUAACACUUGGUUCUG